AUGUACAAAUUCACGAUCGUCGUUUUAGCCUUAGUCGCCGUAGUGGCCGGAUACGGCAACAGCGGCAACAAAGGCGGAGAUUUCUCUGGACAACGCGGAUCAAACGGCCAAGGUAGCCAUGGUAAUCAAGGUGGCCAUGGCAUUCAAGGUAACAAAGGCGGAUCUAGUGGACAAGGUAACCAAGGCAACCAUGGUAACCAAGGCAACCAUGGUAACCAAGGCGAAUCUGGAGAAGAUGGUGAAUGGGACGGUAACCAAGGCGAGGGGGGUCAACAGAGUCAAUGGGGCAACCAACAGGGGGGAUCCAACGGAGGAGGGGGCGGCAACCAAGGCGAGGGAGGUCAACAAAGCCAAUGGGGCAACCAGCAGGGGGGCUCUAACGGUGGAGGGGACAGAUACUCAGGUAGCCAACAAGGUGGUAACGGUGAAGACGAUUCCGAUGAAUAG